AUGGUUUGGGAUGAGUUGGAUCGCAGAGGUUGUGAAAAGCAGCCUACAAGUUCUCAGCAUAUAUGGGAACUCCUACAGGACUGUUGGAAAAGGAUUCCAGGAGAAAGGCCAGACUCGGAGGAACCAGAGCCAGGGACGUCCAAACUAGCAAGACGACACCACUGCUACCACUAUGGAAAGAGUUGUAACCGGUUAUGGGACCUGAAACAACAUGAGAGAAUACACACAGGGGAGAAGCCUUACCACUGCUCCCAGUGUGGAGAGCGUUUCAACUGGAAAUCAAACCUGAAAGCCCAUGAGAGAAUACACACAGGAGAGAAGCCUUACCACUGCUCCCAAUGUGGAAAGUGCUUCAACCAGUCGGGGGACCUGAAACAACAUGAGAGAAUACACACAGGAGAGAAGCCUUACCACUGCUCCCAGUGUGGAAAGAGUUUUCGCCGGAAAGCACACCUGAAACAACAUGAAAGAAUACACACAGGAGAGAAGCCUUACCACUGCUCCCAGUGUGGAAAGAGUUUUCGCCGGAAAGCACACCUGAAACAACAUGAAAGAAUACACACAGGGGAGAAGCCUUACCACUGCUCCCAGUGUGGAGAGCGUUUCAACUGGAAAUCAAACCUGAAAGCCCAUGAGAGAAUACACACAGGAGAGAAGCCUUACCACUGCUCCCAAUGUGGAAAGUGUUUCAACCAGAGAGUAAACCUGAAACGACAUGAAAGAAUGCACACAGGAGAGAAGCCUUACCACUGCUCCCAGUUUGGAAAGAGUUUCAACCAUCCAGGGAAGCUGAAAGCUCAUGAAAGAAUACACACAGGAGAGAAGCCUUACCACUGCUCCCAGUGUGGAAAUUGUUUCACCCGGUCGGAGAUGCUGAAAGCUCAUGAAAGGAUACACACAGGAGAGAAGCCUUACCACUGCUCCCAGUGUGGAAAGCGUUUCAACUGGAAAUCAAACCUGAAAGCCCACGAGAGAAUACACACAGGAGAGAAGCCUUACCACUGCUCCCAAUGUGGAAAGUGUUUCACCCGGUCGGGGAUGCUGAAAGCUCAUGAGAGAAUACACACAGGAGAGAAGCCUUACCACUGCUCCCAAUGUGGAAAGUGUUUCAACCAGAGAGGAAACCUGAAACAACAUGAAAGAAUACACACAGGAGAGAAGCCUUACCACUGCUCCCAGUGUGGAAAGUGCUUCAACCAGUCAGGGGACCUGAAACAACAUGAGAGAAUACACACAGGAGAGAAGCCUUACCACUGCUCCCAAUGUGGAAAGUGUUUCAACCGGUCAGGGGAGCUGAAACGACAUGAGAGAAUACACACAGGGCAGAAGCCUUACCACUCCUCCCAGGGUGCAAAGCUUUUGCCCAUUUAGGAAGCCUGAAAGAACACAUUAGACUGCACACAGAGGAGAAGGCUUAUAAAGGCUCAAACUGUGGGAAAACAUAUUACUCAUAACAGUCAUUUAAAUGUCAUUAGAGAAUCCACACAGGAGAGAGAAAUUACUUCUCUUAGCGUGUAUGUUGAUAUUUCACAUCACAUUGACUUAAAAUUCAUCAGAGAACAUACACAGUGCUCCCGUUGUCUUAUAUUGUUGACUGACAAUGUGUUUACCUGUCUUUACCAGAUGAAAUUAAAUGGUACAGGGUAUACUCAAACAUAUAUUUGUUUGUUUUUAUUAGAAAACAUGAAGUGAAUAUGGAGUCUGUCAGUUUGAAUAUAAAGAAGAUCAGGUUCCUUCUUUUAAAUUGUCCUUUUUUUAAACUCUUUGUGUGUUUGUCUGGGUGUGUCAUUCCUCCAGCACUACAGAUAAUCAAGUGAUAUUUGGAUGCGAUGCAUUUGUUCCAUUGUUGACGUUUGCAUUGUUGGCCCACUGAGGAUUUAAUGAAAUGAAAAUGUUCAGACUCUGUAAUGGAAAACGUUAGUUGUUUGUCUGUCCACAUAACUGAGUAUGUGACUAACCUUGUGAAACUGUCCUAUUAUAAUCUCCUGUUCUUGGGAGGAUCAUUCUGUGUUGCAAACCAGCUGCACCUGCAUCCUUGUAUGAAUAAAGUCCCUCCCAGGAACAGGAAACUAUAAAGAUAUGUGCUCAUCACCCAAUGCUUCAGGAAUUCAGACGGUCUACACUGCGCUGUGUAACUCUGUUAUUCUCUCUGAGCUCAGAAAUAAAGAGACUUGGUUUGACUUGGACUCCAGCAGAUCCUUAGUUUAUAAUAUCCACCACAACUCUCCCAAGGAUUGCUGUUUAUCAUUGUCUCAAUGAAGAGUUCCUCUUUCGACUUUCCUUGGGGCAUUUACAAACCUCCCACUGGUUCAAUAAACGUUGUUACCUGAAUGAUGAGAUUAUUAUGGGUGAGAGCAAUUAUUUUCUUUGUCAAAUGGCAACCAAGCAUCGGUCAUCAUGUCACCAGAAUAAGACCC